CUCACACUAGUGUAAAUGAGGCAAAAAGGAUUCAAACAAUACAAUGUUAAACUUCUUGGAAGCCGAAAAGUUUAAAGGCGCAAAAUUCAAGUUUAGUCUCUCUGAAAUAUUGGAAUAAGAAGUGAGCUAUACCGUGAAACCAAUUUCUGUGAACACAGAAUCUUUACUCACAUUAUGUAAGAGAUGGAAAGCUGAUAGCUAAAGGAUAUGGUAUAGGGUAACAGAGGAUGCUUUAAGAUUUUAAACGAUUUUUGUGCUGCUAAAGUUGUCACAGGUUAAGCUGGCUUUUUUUGGUGUGAGUUUUUUUAAUAUUGUUGUUUAACUGUAUUUUUAAAUACUAGUAAAAAAAAUAUGGAAGGAAGGAGUUUUGAAAAAUCAUCUGCUAGUAAUACAUAUAGUUGUAAGUCAUACAAUGGAAAAAGAAAGCUGAGCAACAGCAGUGAAGAGGUUCGAUUUAAACAUGGUAACUACAAUCGUUACUAUGGUUACAGAAAUUCAAAGAGUGAGAUGGAUAAACGAGUUCAUUUAUUAAAACGAGAAUGGUUUGUUAAUAAAUGCUGUCUAGACAUUGGUUGUAAUGUUGGUCAUUUAACUUUAUGGUUAGCAAAACAUUUCCAGCCAACGAAAAUGAAAGGUGUUGAUAUUGACUGUGAGUUGAUAAAAGCAGCACGCAGCAAUGUUAUACAUUAUGUAGAUACAUACAUUUCUUCUUCCACAGACAGUGUCAAAAAAUGUUCUAAAUCUGAUACUACUAGUGACGAACAGAUUGGGAGUUCUAAAAAUUUACCAGUACAUCAGCCUGAAUCAGAGGAUGUUCUUGAAACUAAAACAAUAACAACAAUAACAACAACAGGGGAAUGUGUGGCGGAACCAACUGAAUCAAAAAAUCAGCAUGAAAAAGAAAGCAAUUUUGAAAAACCUAAUUCAAAAGAAAGUGCUAAGAAAAACGAUGUGAAGCUUGUUUACGAAAAUGAUGCAACAGAACACAACGACGCACCAAAAUUUCCUUACAAUGUAUUUUUUGUUACAGAAAAUUUUGUUCCUUCUUCAGCUACAAUCUUAAAGUAUACUAAACAAGAAUAUGAUAUCAUUUUAUGCCUGAGUGUCACCAAGUGGAUUCAGUUAAAUUCAGGUGACGAGGGGUUGAAGUUAAUGUUUCAAAAAAUAUACAAAUUAUUAAAUCCUGGAGGAAUAUUUAUACUUGAGCCUCAACCGUUUAAAUCGUAUAAAAGAAAGAAGAAUUUAACUCCUGAAAUUCGUAAAAAUUAUAAUGCUAUCAAGUUGCUACCAUCGCAGUAUAUUGAUUACCUUUUAUCUGAAGAAGUUGGUUUCGCAAAAUGUGAAGAACUUGAUGUUUUGAAACAUGAUAAACAAGGCUUUCAACGACCGUUAUAUCUGCUAACGAAGAAGUAGAGUUUCAAGUAUGAAAAUAUAGUUUGUGUAAAAGCUGAUGAUACAUGGGUCAAAUAAUCCCUUUUAAAUUAGUUGCAUUCUGCGAAUUGACUCGUGCGUCAUAAUGAAAUAGCUUUCAACUGUUAAAAGAAGAUACUUUUAUAUUGGUUAUUAAACAAACAACUUCUAUAUGUGCGCAAUGAGAGUACAACUACUUGAAACAAGGAGGUUUAAAAAGAAGGAGAGAGAACUCGCGGCGUCCCUUUAAAUUUUCUAUUCAAUUUUUUAUUGUUUCGGCGCCCCUUUGAACUGAUCCGUGUCUCUGAUUUGGCUCAAUAUUUACCUACCGACUCUGAAACGAGUGUUUUAACGAGAAAAGAUAAAUCUUAAAAAUCACACUUACAGCAAUGCGGAAGAGCAGGAAAACAUGUAGUUUAGUUAAACUACAAGAUUCAAUGAGGGUGAAGUUUGUUUUUCCACUUCCAUAAGGACGCGGAAGGAGUAAAGUGCCUUCAAAGUGCGAAAAGCUGCCUUGGGAGAUC